CUCGGCGGCGGGGGCCGAAGAUGGCCGAGUCUCCGGAGGAGGUGGCGGUGCUGGUGCAGCGGGUGGUGAAGGACCUUAACAACGCCUUCAAGCGGAACCCCCACAUAGAUGAAAUUGGGUUAAUACCUUGUCCUGAAGCCAGGUAUAACCGGAGCCCUAUAGUGCUGAUAGAAAACAAGCUUGGCGUGGAAAGUUGGUGUGUCAAGCUUCUUUUGCCAUAUGUCCACAACAAACUCCUCCUCUAUAGACAAAGAAAGCAAUGGCUGAACAAAGAUGAAUUGAUAGAUAUCACAUGUACGCUGCUACUACUAAACCCAGACUUCACCACUGCAUGGAAUGUAAGGAAAGAACUAAUAUUAUCUGGCACUUUAAGUCCAGUUAAGGAUUUACAUCUUGGAAAACUGGCAUUAACUAAGUUUCCGAAAAGCCCAGAAACAUGGAUUCACAGACGAUGGGUGCUGCAACAACUAAUUCAGGAAAACUCCUUGCCAACUCUUGUAACUAAAGGGAACUUGGGAACAAUGCCUGUGGAAAGAAUUCAACGAUUAGUGCAGGAGGAAAUGGAUGUCUGCUGUGAAGCUGCUGGGAGAUACCCAAGCAACUACAAUGCCUGGUCCCACCGUAUCUGGAUUUUACAGCGUUUGGGAAAACUGGAUGUCAAGAUUCUCCUUGAUGAACUUUCUUCCACUAAACAUUGGGUGUCCAUGCAUGUUUCAGACCAUAGUGGAUUCCACUACCGCAAGUUCUUAAUAAAGUCCUUGAUUGGCAGAACUGUGACCGACAAUUCUAUACUGGUGCAAAAUCAGCUGGUAAAUGAGCCAAUCCCCAGUCUUCCAAAGGAUGAAAAAAAUGAAGCAUCUGAAGCUGUCUGUACAGAAGAACUGAGAGUAGAUCUCCCCCAUCUUCUAGAGGAAGAGCUGGAGCUCUGCACUGAUCUUAUUGAUACCUUCCCUGGGCAUGAAACGCUGUGGUGUUACAGACGGCAUGUGUUCUAUCUUCAGCACCAUUUAAACAACAAACUUCCUCUUCCAAAUGUACGGUUGACAUCUGUGGACAGCAGUGAUGGAACUUUGAAUAAUUCACACCCCAGUACAGCAGUCAGUCAUGUGACUCAUGCCAUGGAUGUUGAUGGUUUAAAUGAUUCAGGCAAACAAGGCUAUACUCAAGAAAUCAAACGCCUGAAGCGUGCCCCUAUACAGGACUCUCUUGGCUUGGAAAUGGAAUACAGGUUCAUUGAUAACAUUUUAGCAACUUGCAGAGAUGUAGAGCAGGCCAGGUUUGCUACUGCAUACAGGAAAUGGCUAGUUACUUUUCUAGGUCCAUGAAGGAAGUUUACAACCUUCAGGGUUCCUCUUUUAGUGCAAUAUUCUCUUAUCAAACACAUGCAUGUCAUGGUUGCAAGUGUUGGCUACCCAUGUGCUUCUCACCUUUCUUUGUGGUCAGUGCUAAAAUUCAUAUACAAAGUAAUAUUUCAUUUUAUUUAUUAAAAAAAAAUCUGGCAUAGCUUUUUAUUAAACAAAUGUAGUUUGCUUUUUUUCUUUAAUCCUUUUUUAAAAAAUUAACAAUUUAUAUUUUUACUUGUGGCAUCUUCAUAUCAUACCAUUGUCCUACUUAAACUUUUUUUUUAUUUUAACAUGGACUACGAAUAGGGUCCUACCAAAUUCACGCCCAUGAAAAAUGCGUCACACACCAUGAAAUCUGAUCUCUUGUGUGCUUUUACCCUAUACUAUACAGAUUUCACGGAGGACACCAGCGUUUCUCAAAUUGGGGGUCCUGACUCAAAAGGGAGUUGCAGGGGAGUCCCAAGGUUAUUUUAGGAUGAUCACGGUAUUGCCACCCUUACUUCUGUGCUGCCUUCAGAGCUGGGCAGCUGGAGAGUGGUGGGUCUUGGCCGGGCGCCCAGCUCUGAAGGCAGCAGCCUGCCAACAGCAGUGCAGAAGGGUGGCAACACCAUACCAUGCCAUCCUUUCUUCUGCACUGCUGCCUUCGGAGCUGGGCUCCUAGUCAGCAGCCACCGCGCUCCAGCUGCUCAGCUCUGAAGGCAGCACCGCUGCCAGCAGCAGCGCAGAAGUAAGGGUAGCAGUACCGCAGACCCCCCUACAAUAACCUUGCGGUCCCCUCCCUGCAACUCCUUUUUGGGUCGGACCCCUACAAUUACAACACCCCGUGAAAUUUCAGAUUUAAACAGUUGAAGUCAUGAAAUUUAUGAUUUUUAAAAUCCUAUGACUGAAAGUGACCAAAAUGAACCAUGAAUUUGUUAGGGCCCUAACUAUGAACAAUGGGGCUUUUGUUUUUUAAAGUUUAAAAUUUUGAUCCAAAUGGAAUGUCUGGAAAACAAAUAGGUGGAUUUUUCAUUGUAACAUGAACCACCUUCCAAAUUAUUCUUCUCUACCACAGUGAAUGCUGGUAAUGACUCUUAACCAAAGCCGGUGGAGUCAGGUUUUUCAAUAAGAAUUAUUACUUCUGAAUUGCUGUCUAUCUGUCAAAGAUCAGGCUGCAGUGUUUCUGCCUUCAGUUCCCCUUUUCAUUAUUUGUAAGGGCGAAUAUUACUACAGUACUGGAAUUGUGCUUUUUGCUAUUGUCUGUGGUCUUUUAUUUGCCUCACACAUCUGUUGUACAUGGUUGAUAUCAAAGCCUACUAAAUUUACCUUGUCAAGUCAGAUACCCACUGGAGGAGGCAGGAAAAUGAACCAUGUUUCUCACACACAGUGAAGAAGUAUGGUUAAAGCUAAGUGUGCAGGAUUUAUUAGCAAAGUUUUUUCACUUAUGUCAUACUUUUUAUUUUUUACCUCAAUAAGCCAGAGUUAGAAACACUAUUUAAAUUUCUGAAUGUAUUAUGUACACUACAGAGUCCCACAAAGCCCACUAAAUCACACUUUAAAAAGUAUAGAAAAACUAAGAACAUACGAAUAUCUUAGAUGAUGGGAUAAAAAGGAGUUAUGCUGACAGUUUUAGUACUGUUUAAAAUGUGCAGGGUCUCUUCCCCUCCAUGCUUGUGCAUUGCUUCCUCCCACAAAGCAGGGCAUCAAUUUCAUUUUUCUUCUCUGUCAGAGCACCUUUUCCCAUUCAACCCCUCAAGUGUAUGUGUGCUGGAAGGACAAUUUAAACAGUUUCAGGGUAGUUUUGAUCCUGACUUUCCUUUUGGCUACCAAUGCAGCUAUGUAUAAAUACUUGUACUGGCAUUUUCUCAGAACUUUACUCUACAUGACGGACUUCUGUACCAGUGUAGCUACAUCAGUGUAAUCUUGCCAGUGCAAAGCCCUCGCAUAGAAGCAUAUGCCAGUGUAAAGUGAACCUUUGCACUAAGGCAACUUUUUACCCCCUGUUUCAAACAGAGCAGACUAGUUAAGAGGAUCCAUAGCUUCAGGAGAGAUCCUUUGCCACAAACCCUGUGUUUGUUUGUCUUGCCUUGCAUCAAGUGCUUCCCCAACAUGCUGCUGCUCUUGCUGCUCAAAGAAUACUAUGAGCAGUAGAAAAGCACUGGGAAUAUACAGGAUUCCUGUGGUCCCAUGUCCCUUUUGAGUCUCCCAUUGUUGGAGUUACUCUUGCAUGUCAAAGGGGAAAUAGACCCCUUGUAUGGUAUGUUUGGCUUUAGCGAUGUGAUUGAAUUUAAUGACCUUCUGAGAAAAGGUCAACCAAUAUGGUCAUUCAGGAAACAGCAAGCAUUGUUUAAACAAGGUCUCUAAAUUUAAACUCCUCCUGUAUUUUUAAACUCUGCAGAGAUUGCUGCCUCCUAUGACUUGGAGCUUCUGUUCAUAGCUACUCUGUGGCUACAAUAAGUUCAUAGAGACACUUGGUGACUGCUGGGUGCCCAGAAAGUGUGACACUGCCUACCCCUGUAGUUUAUUACAGAUUAUAUUGUCAAUCCUAAAAUUACAUUUAAAGUCCUUAAUUUUAUCUCUUUCAGUUUUAUCUUUUCACAGAUUACCUGUUUAAUAGAAAGGUAUUGAAGGAGGGUGAAAAGUAAGGAGAAUUUGUGCCUUGUGAAGUAGAAAUUUAUUAUCGGGGAGAAUGCAGUCUUCUGCUUGUACCAUAGUGUAAGAUUUGAGGGGGCGGGGGAGAGACUAUCAAGUGUGGGUGAUAGAACAUAAGUUGAAAUCCAUUAUAAAUUUAUGUUGGACUGAAGUCUCAGUUAGCUCCCUAGAGCUAUAUAGUGGAAAUAUUCUGAUCUUGAAUUUGACAGCCCUUCCAUCAUCAUAAACACUUAAGGUCAAACUCUGUCCUUUGAUACUUGUGUGCAACUCCUUUUUGAUGUCACUGGGAAUUAUGCAAAUGUGUAUGAAGACAGAAUUUGGUCCUUAUAGAACUAUAUGCAUUUUCACACCUUAAAGGUGCUCCAAUAGGUCUUGGAGUAAAGUGUUGUUGUUUUUUUGUUGUGGUGGGUUUUUUUUAAAAGUUUUAAAGGGAUACUGUCAACUGAAAUUGUAGAUUUUUUUUUUAACUUUUUUUUCAGAAAGUGUAAGUCUGAUGAAAAUAUUUCCAUGAUUGCUUUAAAAUUCCAAAGAAAACAAUUACAUUAGUAAACAAAAUAACCAUUUCCUGCAGGUUUGCAUUACACAAACCUUGCAGUAUUGAGGACCCAAUGUUGGGUUGGUGGGUGGGGAAACUAUAGGCAAAAGUGAAAUUGACUUCAAUGAGUUGCAUUUUUUCCAAGUUGAGAGAAAUCUAAAAACUAAACCAACAGUAUCACAGUGAAAAGAAAAUACAUUUUUAAAACUUCUUUUCAUCUUGAAAACCUAGGGUGGUGGUAAAAACAUAGAAAAAGGAAAUAUAUUCACUUUAAAAAUAUUUGUUUAAGAUGUCAGUGCCCCUUAGCCUUUUGUCUGAAGUGGUUAAAGUAAUUCCUUGGGAGUAUAUUUUCAAAUUUAGAAUUUUGUGAUGUCUUGUAACCAUGAACUUUCACAAACAUGACCACUUAAUUUAGUUUGACUGGUUUCCCUAAAGUCCUAAUUGGGGGAAGGAGGAAUACAAUAAAUAGCAGUAAAAAUUAUUAGACUUCAGGCCAUUGGUGAUUAACAUACAUAAAAGUUACUGAGCACAGCUCUUCAGUAUUAAGUAACACUGUAUUCGGCAUUUACUGUGUCAUAGGUCAGAACAUUCUAACUCAAUAAUUUAAUGAGGGUUUUGCUUGGUGAAACACCUGACUGCAGCCAUGCAGCACCAAACACUUACCCUUUAAAAGAAUCAUAAGAAUGAGUAAUACAGAGAUAAAUCCGGCUUUAUCCAGCAGUAAACUGUCAGUGUCCUUUUUAAGUUUCAGUAACUGUUAAUUCUGUCCUUUAUUGUAUUAUAUGGCAUUUACAUUGGUACAAAUCUUUUUCGUGCACUGACUCAGUCUUAUAGCAACAUCUUUGCACUGAAGAUGAAUUGAAGGCUUUGAGAAAUGAAUGUCAUUUGGAACUCUAAAAGUGGUUAAUUUCAUUUUCAAUCAAGUCAAAAUGAACAAUCACAUUUUUAAAUGAUGUGUAGUGUUCUCUGCUGUAAUGUGCAUUACCUAGUAUUGCAUCAGCAAUUGUUUUUUCUGGUGUAAUCAGUAGGGCAAAACAUAUUGAUGACUGACUGUAGUGAUGGAUGACUACAGUGCUUGGCUGAAUGCUUAUAAUCUUAGAAAUAUUUUCAUUGUUUUAAUAGGGGACAAUUGAAUUUUCAGUCCAAUGAGUAAUUUAUGACUAGUUAUAUAGCUACCUUAUAUAGCACUGGUUUAUAAAAUAAAAGAGCAUAGUGAAGAAUUAACAGUAAGAAAGUUUGGAUUCUGUUUUUUCAACUGAAACUAGCUAAAGCAUUUCAGUGUUUUGUGUUAGAAAUUUAUGCAUAGGAGUACUUUUUCACUCUUUACCUUAAAGUAAGUCAUUCAAUGAAUCUUUAAACAGUACUGUAUAAUCUUGACAACCAGAAUCAAAGGGUCUUGAAGAGGCCUUGUCUAGACAAUCAAAUCCAGCAAUCAAAUCUCUUAAGAAUGUGUAUUUUAAAAAUGAACAAAGUACAGCAAUUGUCAGAUAAUUUAACAUUUGGGUUGCAGGGAUUUCAUGAUCAAACUUCUGGACAAGGCCUUUUUUUCCCUUAUAAGCCUGUAGUGCUGCUUCCACAUUACAGAAGUGAUCCUGAGCUCUUUGGUCCUUUAUACUAUAAUUUAAAAAAUAAACUGUCAGACUCACAUCAUCUACAGCAGUGGUUUUCAAACUUUUUGUAUCGGUGAGCCUUUUUACACAGCAAGCCUCGGGGUGUGACACCUCCCCCUUAUAAAUUAAGAAUAGGGGUGGGGGGUAAUUUAAUUUAUUGAGGGCUCAGGAUUCUCAGCCUCAUGGAGCUGACAGCUCAGGAUCCCCAUAUAACCACUUUGCAACCCUCUGUGGGGUCACGACCCCCAGUUUGAGAACCCCUGUUCUACAGAGACCUUGAGAUCAAUGGAGUGAAAGGCAGAUGUGACUAGCAUGUUUGCUAUUUUCCCCUUUAUUUGAGGUUCUUUCCUUACAACUUAGUCUUAUCAGAAGAAAACCCCCAUCAUUUUCAAAUGCUCUUAAAAUGCAGUUUAGUAACAAAACAAGGCCAUUGUAUUCUCUACAGUGGUUUUCCUUCUCUUUCCCAUUGUGCUCAGAGAAUGGUUCAUUCUGAACUGCUUGUCCCUUUUUCCCCAACUAACAAAGAAUGUAAGGAAGCUAUGGGGAGGUGGCCUCAUUUAACAUAAGGAUAACUUUGACUACCUCCCAAAAUGCUCUGAUAGUGCCCUUAAGUGGUGUUCAUCAGGCUCAUUCAGAAGCUCAGGCUAAACCCAGAUCCUCAUUUCAGAGGUGAAAAGCAAAAGCUUUAUCUGUUAGGUUAUUUAGUUUCCCUUAAGAGUUUUGGGGGCUUUUUUUGGUUGUUUGUUUGUUUUUUUUUU